AUGAAAUAUAUCUUAUUUUUGAUUGCUUUAUUUAUCACUAGAGUUUGUGGUGAUGAUCUUACAAAUUCCUGUCCUGCUGACUCUCCACUUUCUUGUUCUACUUCUGGUGAUACUUCCAAUAGUUGUUGUUUUGAAUCUCCUGCUGGUGUUAUUGAAUUAACCCAAUUUUGGGAUUAUGAUCCUGCUACUGGUCCUGCUAAUGUUUUCACCAUGCAUGGUUUAUGGAACAUGUAUUGUACUGGUACUUCAUAUCCACAAUCAUGUGAUUCUUCAUUAACUAUUGAUAAUUCCGGAAGUACACUUCAAGACAUCAUUGUUGAUCAAUUUAAUGAUCAAGAAUUAUAUGAUAACUUAUCUAAAUAUUGGAAAGAUAUCAAUGGUGAUGAUCAUCAAUUCUGGGCACAUGAAUGGAAUAAACAUGGUACUUGUUUUAGUACUAUCAAACCAUCAUGUUAUUCAAAUUUUAAAACAAAUGAAAAUAUUUAUGAUUUUAUUAAAGUUCUUUAUAAUUUAUGGUCUCUGGUUCCAACUUAUAAUUGGUUGGAAUCUGCUGGAAUAACCCCAUCUAAUACUGCAACUUAUACUUCCUCUCAAAUUCAAAAUGCAUUGAAAGGGAAAUUCGGUAAGAAUGUUUAUUUCAAAUGUGAUUCAAAUAAUGCUAUUAAUGAAGUUUGGUAUUAUUAUAAUGUUAAAGGUUCAUUAUUGGGAGAAAGUUUUGUUCCUAUUGAUGCUGUAUCCAGUACCAAUUGUCCAAAUACUGGAAUCAAAUUCCCACCAAAGGGAAGCUCUGGUAGUCAAACCACUCUUAAAACCUCUACCACCACCAGCAGCACUAUUACUUCUGGUUCCACAUCAACUGGUGUUCCGUCUACUUCUUACAUUAAUUUAAGUGGUAAAUCCGGUUGUCUUAUUUCAAAUGGUAAGUAUUAUACCUCAGGUACUUGUGCUACUUACCAUUUUUCAGGAUCACCAAAUAGUGUUCAAAUUUCAUCAUCAAAGGGAUCUUGUGGUAUUGAUUCAAGUAAUAACUUUAUUUGUAGUUCAUCUACUACUGCUGGAAAUUUCCAACUCAGUGGUGGCCAAGUUGGGUACAAUGGAAAUUUUGAUUGGUGUUUGGGAGAUGUUACUGGGUCUGGAUCAACUGCUCAAACUAAUGUUAAAUUAUCCGAUGGAUCUUGUGAUUCUUUUAAAUUGACACUUUCUAGUUAG